AUGAUGAUACAAGACGGUCCAGAAAGAGACAUCAUACUAGUUGAUGAAUAUCAACAUCUUUCCAAUCAACGUAGUGUCAAUGACUUGAUGCUUAUACACUCUGAUGAUUCACUCGAGGAUGGCUAUAAGAAGAAGAAGGACUCAAACCCUGAGAGAACAACACCAUGUUACAUGUUAUGGGUACUAAUGGUCUGUUCAGCAUUGGCCUCCGUUCAAUUCGUCUAUUCCAUCCAGUUUGCUUUGGGUACUCCAUUGUUUAAACAAAAGUUCAAACUUACACCAUCAACCAUUACAUUGAUUCAAUCAACAUGCGGUCCAAUCAGUGGAUUCCUUGUCCAGCCAAUCAUUGGUGUCUACAGUGAUAACUCAACAUUCCGUUUAGGAAGAAGAAGACCAUAUAUUAUUAUUGGUGCUUUAUGUUGCAUGAUUGGACAAAUGCUUAUUGCCUACUCCCCAGUACUUGGACAAUUGUUGGGAGACAAUGAGAAUGGAGUGGCACCAUCAGAUUAUAAAGCUGGAAUUGCAAUUGCCAUCACAGGAUUCUGGAUUAUGAAUCUGGCUGUCAACACAAUGCAAGGUCCAUGUCGUUCACUCAUAUCUGAUAUCAUACCAGAGGAUAAACAAACACUUGGAAAUGCCUUUGCUGUGAUCACCAUGGGUCUGGCAAGUGUGGCUGCCAGUCUCAUUGGUGCACGCUACUCAACCGAAGAGCACUCAUACCGCGACUUGUUUACCAUUGGUACUGUGUUCACUGGUGUGAUGGUGAUACCAACUUUGAUAGCGGCGAAGGAGGAACAGGCUUUGGAUGUGGAUAGGAUAAGUUCCCCAUUCGUUGUGUUCAAGAAGAUUGUCGGUGGAUUCAGAUCGAUGAAUGGACAGAUGAUUUGGAUAUGUUCGGUGUUCUUCCUUUCAUGGUUUGGUUACUCACCAUUCAUGGUGUCAAUGACCAACUACUUUGGUGAGAACGUAUCGCCAAACAACUACCAACAGGGUGUCCAACUUGGAUUCUAUGCGAAUGCCUGUCUCUCCGCUUCCAGUCUGAUAUUCUCCUUCCUCGUUCCACUCAUUGUCAAGUACACUGGCGAGCGAUUCGUCUACAUGUUCACUCAUCAACUAGCAGGUGUUGCCUUUAUCCUCUUCCUUGUCUUUGACAAACCAGCUGUUUGGCUUGCAAUCUUACUCACGUCAUUGGUCGGACCGAGCUUCACUACCUUCAACUCGAUACCUUAUUCAUUAAUGUCUAGUCAUUGUCCAAAGCGUGAAGCCGGACUGUAUAUGGGAGUACUGAACUCUGCUGCGGUGGUGUCACAGACCAUAUCAAUCAUGACGUCUGGACAAGUGGAAGGAGCAUUCCAUCAAGACUCUGCCUACGCCAUUGCCUAUGGUGGACUGUUCACAAUCAUAUGCUCGGUGGCUUGUUGGGGCCUGCCCACGGCCUCCAUCAAGGAUGAGCAAGUGGAGUUUGAACAAGGAGAAGACGACGAAGACCAGCCAUUGAUGGCC